CCAAAAAAAGGUGCUUUUGUGCCUCGAUACCAGAUAUCUCUUGAAACACUUGUUGACUCAUCAGAUAUGGCAACAGCUGGUGCUAUUCGCUUACUGGAUAUGGAGGAAGAUAUCUUUGGUUAUUCAUGCACUGAAACAAUCGGAAAAGAAGAUCUGGAACAUAUUUUUCGGCAUCAAGAAUUAGGCGUCGGUGUUAUACACACAUACAUCCGGUUCUUGUAUGACAAUUUCAUGCGCGGGAAUGAUCAAUUGUCAAACAGAUUCCGUUUCGUGUCUUCCUCCCUGGUCAACAAAGCAUUAAUUUGUAGGGAACCGGAUUCAUGUAGAGAGUACUUAGUCAAGAGAUUCAUGGCCAGCAGUACAAACAACUUGUAUCUUUGGCCGUAUAAUUCAGGGUGUCACUGGUUGUUGCUUGCUAUUGAUCCUUUAAAAGAAGUGGUAUAUUUUCUGAAUUCGAUAGAUGGUGAAUGGACAAAUUAUCCGGAUAUGAAGCAAUUAGUUGAUACGUAA